CCCCGUCAAGAUAUCAUUCUCCAAAGCGGACUUGAUAUUCGACCUCAUAUUCUUGGGACCUUCCAUCAUCACACUUCAUGUUUUAUAAUGACGCCGGAGCAUGUCGAAAAAAAACAAAUGUCUGAUUUCCGACGACCCAAAAAGUGCUGAUGCUGUGGUUUUUUCCAAUAGAGGUUUACACUUUAAUGCAGCUUUUGAUCUUCAUCAUACGAAUGCGAAUCGACGUCACCAGGUUUUUAUUUUCUACGCCGUAGAGUCAGAAAUACACUCAAGAAUAAACGCUGAACAUCUAAAUUCUGUCUUCAACUGGACUGCUACUUUCAAACGAGAUUCCGAUGUCAUCUUAGGCUAUUCGCACGUAGAACCAUUGGAAAAUGAGCACAUUGAAGGUAAAGUGACAAGUUUCUUGGCUGCUAAAUUCCACAAGGAUACAAGUCGCAUCCAAUCCAACAAUGUUAAAGAGCAAACAAAAACAUUAAAAGGAAAGAACUAUGCAAAAGGUAAAAACAAGAUGGCGGUAAUGAUGGUCAACAAUUGCGCUGCCAAUACCAACAGGUUAGAAUACGCCAAGAAACUACGCGAAUGUGGCGUUCAUGUUGAUAUUUUUGGCAAGUGUGGCAAAAGGUGCCCAGGAGGCUGGUGCCAAAAAACUGAUAUUGCACAGCAAUACAAAUUUUACUUGUCAUUCGAGAAUUCCCAUUGCCAAGAUUACAUCACCGAAAAGUUCUGGACCAAUGCCUUGAGACAUGGUAUGAUACCGGUUGCCUUGGGAACGAGUAAAGAGGACUACUUGCAGGUGGCGCCACCCCAUUCGUUUAUUCACACCGCCGAUUUCAAGACGGUUGCAGCGUUGGCGGAAUAUCUUAAGUUACUGGAUAGGAAUGACAAACUCUAUAACGAGUAUUUUGAGUGGAAAAAACACUUCCGGGUUGUUUAUUCUAGCGCGGCCUGCCGUCUGUGUGAAGCGUUACACGAUGAGAAAAAAAUGAACCGGAUGAAGAUAUAUUCCGAUUUAAAGUCGUUCUGGGAUGCUGACAGUCAUUGCCAAAAGAAGGGACCGCUGCCCCACCCGUAGGCUCUCGAUGCAGUCCGUUAACUGAACGAGGCCGAAUCACUGCGUUAGGAGUAAGAUUAUAAUCAAUUGGACCUUUACUGCGCAUGCCUCAAAGUUAAAAUUGUUUCGGAACUUGAAGUUAUGUGUUUGGUGACAUCUGACAAACCUUGAAUUCAGAAACAUUCAAUAUCAGCCCCAGAAAAAAUUUUAAGAUAAGAUUCCAUAUAUGAUGGGUUUAUGGUUAGGUUAGCAAUACAUUAGAAUAGGCGAAACAGGAAUAGGCUAAACAGGAAUUAGGCGAAACAGGAAUAGGCGAAACAGGAAUUAGGCGAAACAGGAAUAGGCUAAACAGGAAUUAGGCGAAACAGGAAUAGGCGAAACAGGAAUUAGGCGAAACAGGAAUUAGGCGAAACAGGAAUAGGCGAAACAGGAAUUAGGCGAAACAGGAAUUAGGCGAAACAGGAAUAGGCGAAACAGGAAUACACCAUAUGAUUUCCUGGCAUCUGAUCUUCAAAUAUUAAGCACCACUUUAAUUUGGGCUACAAUUUUUUUACACCGUGCCGGAAUUAGGGGGGGCGCGCGCUGGGUGCGCCCCCCCCCCUGGAUCCGCGCCUGAUGUGAAUAUGUAUUAGGUUCACUGGUAGCAGCCAAUAGGAACAUCCUGUGCCAUCUCAUGCCAGGCUCUGUUAUGUAAUACUACCAGGUGAACCAAGGGGUACUUGCUGUAGAGAGGGAGAUUAGCCUUGGCUCUGGUCGAGAAUAGACCGAGCAAAGGAAGGAAGAGGAAAUAAAG